AUGCAACAAAUAUCCACUACGCCCUUAAAUGUUCAAGAUUUUACAGACCAUGAACCAUGGCAAAUAUCUGAUAAACUAGAAGAAUUAAUCAAAGAAUUUCAAGAAAAAAUCCUAUACGAUCAUCCUCCGAUACCAUGUGCUUACUGUUCAAUCCUAAUGAUGAACCAAACAACAUACUGGAUCGAUUACAAUGAUUCUGAGAAUUAUACAUUACCCAUUGCUUUUCCAAAUACCAGAAUAAUAACUCAUGUAAAUAACAGAGGCAAAAAAAAG